CCACUCUUCCAAACUGUGUGUGCAUGUGUGUGUGUGUGUGUGUGUGUGGGUCACCACUCACAUUCCUGCGUUGAGCCAAGAGGCAGCGAGUUCAGCUGCAGAGAGUCAGAAUUACAAAUCCAACUUACAGCUUUAAGAUGGAAAGUUCCACUUUUCUCAAAGAAGAAGAAGAAGAAGGAAAAUAGUUAUUUCUCUUUUUCAGUGCAUCCUACCCACCUCUUGUUUCCUCCUGCUCUUUCUCCUCCAUCUCCCUCCCUUGCUCCAAACCUUGGACUCUGGCGCCGGGGAAUCCCUUUAGAGAGGUGAAAACUGAACAAGGAGCAUCAGCACACAAAGAAAACCUGGCUCCUGUAAAGAUGGCUGACAUGUUGCAGCCAGACCUGCAGCUACCUGGUGAUCGCUUAUCAGCCCCUUCAUCGCCUGCCAGAGCUAGAAAUGACUGUGGCAUCACACCCCUCACCCCCUCACCGUCACCGAUGGUGGAGGUCAAACCCAGGAUGUUGCGUCCAUUCUCAGUUGUCGUGGCGAUAGACUUUGGGACGACCUCCAGCGGCUACGCGUUCAGCUUCACAGAGGACUCAGACGCCAUUCACAUGAUGAAGCGCUGGGAAGGUGGCGACCCUGGGGUGGCCAAUCAGAAGAGUCCGACUUGUCUGCUGCUGACUCCUGAUUUGCGGUUCCACAGUUUUGGGUUUGCGGCCCGGGACUUCUACCACGACCUGGACCCAGAGGAGGCCCGCCACUGGCUGUACUUCGAUAAGUUCAAGAUGAAGAUCCACAGCACAAGUGACCUCACCAUGGAGACAGAGCUGGAGGCGGUCAACGGGCGGCGGGUCAGAGCCAUCGAGGUUUUCAGUCAUGCCCUGCACUUCUUCAGGGAACACGCUCUAAAGGAGGUGAAGGACCAGUCGUCAUCCGUGCUGGAGGGAGAAGACGUCCGAUGGGUUAUCACCGUCCCCGCUGUGUGGAGACAACCUGCCAAACAGUUCAUGAGAGAGGCCGCUUACCUGGCCGGUCUGGUGUCCCCCGACUGUCCUGAGCAGCUCCUCAUCGCACUGGAGCCCGAAGCUGCGUCCAUUUACUGCCGUAAGCUCCGCCUCCACCAGGUGCUUGACCUGAGCUUGCAGCCGAUCACGAAUGGCUUUGAUCUGGAAGGGUCCCGGCCCUUGGACUCCAGCUUUAGACAAGCGAGGGAGCAGCUGAGGCGAUCCAGACACAGCAGGACCUUCCUGGUGGAGAGUGGAACCGGAGAGCUGUGGUCUGAGCUACAGACUGGUGACAGGUACAUUGUCGCAGACUGCGGAGGAGGAACAGUUGACCUGACAGUCCAUCAAAUCGAGCAGCCACAGGGAACCCUCAAAGAGCUCUACAAGGCUUCAGGCGGUCCGCACGGCGCCGUGGGAGUAGACCUGGCCUUCGAAGCCAUGCUGUGCCAGAUCUUCGGCGAGGACUUCAUCCUGAGCUUCAAGGCCAAGCGGCCCGCGGCCUGGGUGGACCUCACCAUCGCGUUCGAGGCGAGGAAACGGACGGCGGCGCCGGGCAGGGCCAACGCCCUCAACAUCUCCCUGCCCUUCUCCUUCAUCGACUUCUACAAGAGGCACAAGGGGCAGAGCGUGGAGGCCGCCCUGAGGAGGAGCAAUAUGAACAUCGUGAAGUGGUCGUCCCAGGGGAUGUUGCGGCUGACGCAGGAAGCCAUGAACGAGCUCUUCCAGCCCACCAUCAUCAAUAUCGUCAAACACAUUGAGGAGCUGAUGGCAAAGCCGGAGGUGCGCGGCGUGCGUUUCCUCUUCCUGGUGGGCGGGUUCGCCGAGUCGCCCAUGCUGCAGAGAGCCGUCCAGAGGGCGGUGGGGCGGACGUGUCGCAUCAUCAUCCCCCACGACGUCGGGCUGACCAUACUGAAGGGCGCCGUGCUCUUCGGCCUGGAUCCCACCGUGGUCCGCGUGCGUCGGUGCCCCCUGAUCUACGGCGUCGGCGUCUUGAACCGCUUCGUGGAGGGGCGCCACCCUCGCGACAAGCUCCUCGUCAAGGAGGGCCGCGAGUGGUGCACCGACAUCCUCGACCGCUUCGUGUGCGUCGACCAGUCGGUGGCCCUGGGCGAGGUGGUGAGGCGGAGCUACACGCCCGCUCGCCUGGGCCAGCGGAAGAUCAUCAUCAACAUCUACUGCAGCUCGGCGGAGGACGCCGCCUACAUCACCGACCCCGGGGUCAGGAAGUGCGGGACGAUAACUUUGGACCUACCGGAACCGCUCCCAGUGCCGGGGGGAGCGAGGGGGGGAGGAGGAGGAGGAGGGGCGGGCCCAGAGAGGAGAGAGAUCAGGGCGACCAUGCAAUUCGGAGACACGGAGAUCAAAGUGGCGGCCGUGGACGUCAUGUCUAACCGCUCCGUCCGGGCUUCCAUAGACUUCCUGUCCAACUGAGGAGGAGCAGGAAGGAGAGACGAGGAUUGGAGAAACAUUAGGGGAGAAAAAAAAAACUGAUUCUAGGGAUGAUAACUGUAGAGGAAAGAAAAAGCGGUACUUUGGGGCGUCGGCUUUGCGAUCGAAGAAGAAAACUGUCAUCCUGUAAUGCCGACAUUUAUGCUUCACGUUUGUUCAUCAGAGUAGUAAAAAAAAAGAUUAACUCUGUGACUUAAAAAAAGAAAACGUGUCAGCAUCUUCUCAACCGAAGAGGAGGGCACCCUCAGUAUCUCCAACAAAGGAAGACGCCACCCAGUGUCACGUCACGCCACAUGCACUCGUCACUGGCAUUUCCUGCCCAGAAAUGAUUCAGAAGAACACAUUUUUACGAAGAGCUAAUGCCAGCAGGUGGCCGAGAUGCAAAGAUAGCUUCUAAUAUCCCCCCCUUUCCGUGGUGUACUUCAGCUAUUAAACUACCUAGAGUGAGAAUCACUCAUCUUAUUAGUUAAACAUGGUGACUGCUGCCUCCCCCCCCCCUAAUGCAAUGAACUAUAGGAUGUCUCACAGCAUCAAUUCAAUCCUAUUUCACUCUUUAUUUACAGAUAUGGAUAGAACCAAGUUUUCUGCAGGCAAGUUUCUCCCCCGUGAAUAUGAUUGUGCUCGACCUGGUGGCGAAAAGACUGAACUGCCUGCAGGCUGUGGGUCAAAGGGCCUAUUUAAAUUCUUAGCAGGAAAAACACUGGGAAGGGACAUGGCAUUAUAGCAGAGUUUGCUAAUUUCUCAUAGAGUACGUCACCAUUCAGGUGUAAUGUUUGGGGUGGUUCAUUGUAAAUCAGGGCAAGAGCACCAUUCGUAUAAUAAGCUAUUUUACCAAUACUUCGUUAUUCAUAUACAAUGGGAGUGGACUUCCCGCUGCAUGCUUGUCUCUCCCAGCAGAUGGAGUGCGCUCCGUUAUUAUGGAGGAUGGCUCAGAUGUUAAUCAACUGAGGAAGACCGGUUGGAUGCAUUUAAAAUGGAAUGGUAUUCUUUUGUCUAGUUAUGGUUUUGCUUUAACUCCCGUAGGGGCUUUCAUUUUCACACUUUAACAGAUACUGUAAUCACAUUUAAAGCCUGUUUUUGUUGUGUAUGUUGUAAUAAACUGCAUUCGUGUUAAGAUUAUCAGCCACUGUAUCAUGUUCAUAAACCAUGCUACUCCUGUGCAAGUUGCAAAUUGAUAAGAUUAUUCUCAUGUGAUUCACAGCCUUACGUUAAUAUGAAUGUAUUAUUUAACAGCAAUACUAUAUAAUUUCAAGACCACUAGGUUUGAAAACCAUCUAUUCCUCCUCCCUCCUUCGGCAGAUAAUACACAUGGUAACAGUCA